GCUGGCGUUUAGCCGGAGCCGGAAUGAGCUAAGCGUAGGAGCCGCGGAAUUUCAGGCGGAGGUUUGUUUGAUCAAUUUAAUUUCGAAGAUUUGAGGUUUAAUAAUUAUGUCAGUGACCGCGGUGGCAUAAGAGACUGAGAAGAAGAAAAUACAGUUACGAUAGGGGUUGCUAGGCGGCUAGCUAAGUCUAAAGGCUAGUUUACUGAGGUGUGGGAAGUGCACGAGCUACAGGUUAGUGCCACUGUGGCACGAGCAGGAGCGCACGCGCCUUUAUUGGAGCCAAACACUUUUUUUAUGUGUUUAGUGUGUAAAGUGCUAAAGUGUUGUGACUUUUAUACGAAGGGCAUUGAUUAAAGUCUGAAUUACACGCUGUCAGAUGGAAAGACUGUCGUUGGUCUUGCUAAUUUGCUAAUCAGAUCGAUUGUUUUUGUUGAAAUCCUCGUCGAUAUUGCUGGAUUGAUCACCUUUCACAGACAUUUCUUUCACCAAGAGUGUUUUUUUACACACCAACUUUAUUAACACACACUAGAGAAGGUGAGAAAUGGAUGACUUUAGUUCCAUCAGCCUGCUCUCCCUGGCCAUGCUAGUCGGGUGUUAUGUUUCAGGAAUAAUUCCUCUGGCUGUCAACUUCUCAGAGGAAAAGCUGAAGCUGGUGACGGUGUUGGGAGCAGGUCUGUUAUGCGGUACCGCUUUGGCUGUCAUUAUUCCUGAGGGAGUCCAUGCGCUGUAUGAGGAGGUGCUGGAGGCCGGGCACCAUGCUCACGGUCAGGGUGAGGUGUCGGCGCCGGAGCAGAAAGCCGCUGAAUCCGUGGUAGGACCAAGUCACGAACAUGAACACAGUCACGAGGAGCUCCAUGCCUAUAUCGGCGUCUCUUUGGUGCUGGGAUUUGUCUUCAUGUUACUGGUGGAUCAGAUUGGCAGCUCGCACAUGCACAGCGGAGACGAUCCAGAGGCGGCGAGGGCAGCCAGCUCUAAAAUUACCACUACGCUUGGGUUGGUCGUUCAUGCUGCAGCUGACGGAGUCGCACUGGGAGCCGCAGCCUCGACAUCUCAGACGAGUGUCCAACUCAUUGUGUUCGUGGCCAUCAUGCUUCAUAAGGCUCCUGCUGCUUUUGGCCUCGUCUCGUUUCUGAUGCACGCAGGUUUAGAAAGGAACCGAAUCAGAAAACACCUGCUGGUUUUUGCUUUGGCUGCUCCUGUUCUAGCGAUGCUCACCUUCCUAGGCCUCAGCCAGAGCAGCAAAGAGGCCCUGUCUGACGUCAACGCCACAGGCGUGGCCAUGCUCUUCUCAGCCGGGACCUUCCUCUACGUCGCCACGGUGCACGUCCUGCCCGAGGUGGGAGGCGCGGGCGGGCACAGCCACUCGACCGGAGGAGGGAAAGGACUGAGCAGGGUGGAGGUGCUGGCGCUCGUCAUAGGCUGCCUCAUCCCUCUGGUGCUCUCCAUCGGACACCACCACUAAAAAAAAAAAAAAGCCGUAAGACUGUCCUGAACAGGGGACUUUUAAAAGCGGUGGUUGGUUCGUCACAUCAUGCUCUCUGUAUGGAUCAGAUCUGUGGCACUGAAGUGGACUCGUGGGGCAACUGUGAUCACAUGACCAUAACCCUAAAGCGAUAUGUGCUGACAGCAGUCCUUACAUACACAAGUGACACCACAGGUUCAUGUUUUGUUUUUGUUUUGUUUGUUUUGGCGGUUCCUUCCUCUCUCUGUCUCUCUCCAUAUAUAAUUAUACAUUAUAUAUUCAUAGUUUUUUCUUAAAUGUUUCACUUUAAAAAAAGCAAUGGUGAACCACAUUAUUUUAUACAUGUACGGUGUAAGUGAACUGCAUAACCAUUUUGAGUCACAUGAUCGAGGCUUUUUAUUCUGUCUUUUUCCUAUUUUUUUUUUUCUUUACACACAACAGUAUGGAUUCAAUAAACAGCCGUUUAUCUUGGCUGUGAACAUGUAAUUUAUAGUGUUAGACUCCAUAGCUGAGCUUUAUGGCCAUGACAUGUAGAUAUUUGUCCAGCAACAUAGUUUUUUUUUAUUUUUUUUUUUAUAAAGCAUUGUGGUUGCCUUGUUUUUGUUUUGUUUUUUUUUGUUUCAUGCUAAUGGAUUGCAGAGGAGCAUGAAAAUUUUUUAUUUUAUUAUCAUGUUGAUCAAAUAGAAUUCAGUAAGUAUUAGGUUUAGUUGCGCCACAACAUCCAUCUAAUGUAUCUUUUCUAAUCUUACGUUUUUUUUUUUGUUUGUUUGUUUUUCAUUUUAAACAUAAUAGCAGAACUUGUCUUUUUUUUGUGUAAUGAUAAAGACCUGAAGCAACGCAAAAGGGGACCACAGGUCACGUUAAAGGAGGUGACGAGUGUUGGAACGUUGUAUAAUAAUUGCCCAUGCCAGCUAUUUUAAUAACAGUCUUAAAUAAUGGUGAUGCCAGUUGACUUGAAGGAACUGCUCGAGCUUUUAACUUGUCUGUGCUUAUACUCAGCUGCCGUUCACUUCGAGAAGCGUCUCUGAACUCUGCUGAUGUGGUCAGGGUGGGUUUGCUUUUACUGUAACUAUUGUGGUGCCUGCCCAAAGCAGAGCCUCUGUAUAUAAUGCAUUGUGUACAAAUAACUGUCAGAUGAGCUUAAUGAAAAACUUCACUUGUAGCCCUCCUGAGUUUAUCCUCGGGCUUUUAGUACCGUUAAUAAUGACCAGGAUCAUGGGGUUAAUUCAAGUGAUGGGUAAGGGAAUGUAAUAAAUUUACAUUUGAAUCACAACAA